CAUCAAACAGUGGAUCAUCUGCUAUCAGCAAAUGGAACGGCGACAAGCGGCAGCCAGUGAAGCGAGACUAUAAAUAGCUUGUCUUUGAUUGAGGUCAUAUACAGGUUGAUGUGGUAUUCAAGGAGGAAUUCAGUGAUGUACCAGCAAGUCACAUGGCUGAAGACCAAUGUGUUGGUUGACUAAAUCCUGAAUACCAAUUAUCCAUUGUAUCUAUAAGAAGGAGACAUAUAUCGUAUGUUCCAUAGGAUAUUCUCAAGUCUUGAUUCAUCGGCAAUCAACAUGGCCGGAUAUGAGUGGCUAAAAGAAGAAUUGGCAGUUGCCGCGUAUUACGCUUCAGAAGGUGUCCCUCACCAUGUUCUUGUUCAACUUCUCCAUCAGAGGAACUUCACACGCACAAUGGUUGCUGUAAGGAACCAGCUGAAUGUGAUGCGGAUAUCUGAUGAAAUUGACGUCAAUGAGGUCAUUAAGCCCACUGAUGAAGACCAAGAAAUCCUGAACAAGUACCACAUAAAGCGCUCCUUACAGAUUAGUUACUUUAUGCGGAGAGUCGUGAGAGCUUUGGAUUAAAGAGCGCCCAAUUUGGCUCUCACACAGAUACCCAAAUAUAUAAUAUAAACUUGACUCAUAUUCAAUGUCGUCGUGGACAGACCAGACAAUAUGCCUACAAAGAGACAAAUAUGGGACAGCGUCUCUGUUCUGGAAUAAUGUGGUGGCCUGUGAAAAGAAACUUGAAUGUGUUUUAGUAUCAAAUGUGGUAGAUUUUACUUGAAUGAAU